AUGUCAAGAAUAGCAGAAUCGUCUUUGGUUCUUUCUUGUUUCCUUUUAUUGGCACUUGUCAGUCUUCCUACAACCGAGUCUUACAUCACCUUCAAGACUUACAUUCCUCCCACUCGGCAACGUCAAUGGCUCACUCAACUAACAGGAGACAUUUGUGAUUCUCCCACUGGCUCUCGAUUGAUUGAUUCCGCUCCGGAAGUCUUGAGAGGAUGGUCCAUGUCCAAGGAGGCCACUGUGGAAAACGCCAUGUCCGUGGAAUCCCUCUUCAAACGACUCGUGGAAGAAUCCAAAGCGGGAAUUCGCAACGUCAAUCCCACCACGUUGGAUUACAACAUUAUUCUCAACUUGUGGGUCAAAUCGCAAGGAGGUGUCUUUGCCGCUGAGCGAUGCGAACAAAUCUUGACUACCAUGCAAAAGCUGCACCAGGAAACCAAUGACUUUUCCAUUCAACCCAAUUUGGAAACUUUCAAGAGCGCUUUACUCGCUUGGAAGAAUUCAAGAGUCCCCUUUGCCGCCAUUCGUGCCCAACGACUCUUGGAAUGGAUGAUUCGACUCUACGAAUCGGGAGAGAAUGACGUUCUCCCUGACUCGGACUGUUUUGACAUUUGUUUGCAAAUCUGGUCCAAAAGUGACAAUGACCCACGAGCUGCCCACAAGGCCGAACAAUUGCUCUUGACACAAGAUAAACUAUCUCAAAUUGUCCACUCGCACAAGCUGAAACCAACUACUCUCAGUUUCAAUGCCGUCUUGUUUGCGUGGGCCAAGACGAUUACCAAAGAGUCUCCUCACAAACACAAAAAGAUGGUGGCUCUAUUGGCCCUCAUGGAACAUUUGUAUUUUGAAAUGGCCAACACUCGAGUUGAACCAGAUCGGUGCACUUACAAUACUGUCCUUUGCGCCUUGGCCAAGGGGUGCUCACCCGAAACGGCCAAACAGGCCGACACUAUUUUGAGAAGCAUUGAAACUCACUAUAAAAAUGAUGAAAUUUCCUGGGAUCCGGAUGCCAUUCUCUUCAAUACUGUCAUUUCGGCAUGGGCCCACAGCGAUGUUCCAGGAGCCUAUCGCAAGGCCCAAUCUAUUUUGGAUCGGCAAUUGAAUCUGUACUAUGCUGGCUGCCAAGACUGCAAACCAGAUGUGAUUGGAUUCACUUCGGUAUUGUCCAGUUGCGCGUCGGAACCCAAAAAGAGCGAACGCGCCAAGGCGUUUAACGUCGCGUUGUCGAACAUUCAAGCGUUGGAAAAGAAUCCUGCCUUUGGCAAGGCCAACCACAUUACCUACGGUACCAUGCUCAAGGCCUGUGCUCGCUUGUUGCCAGCUGGUAGUCCCGAACGAACCAAGUGGACUCGUCAUUUCUUUCAAAAGGCUUGUGACGCCGGCAUGGUGGGAAACAUGGUUCUCAAUAGAUUGAGGGAAGCCACCACCAGCGUGGAGGAAUACAAGGAAUUGAUUCAAGGGUACUCGAAAAGCACUUUGCCCAAACAGUGGACCUGCAAUGUGCAAGAGCGAGGUGGAUAUUUUCGCAAUCCAAAGGCAUUGUUGUAUGCAAAUGUCAAACAACAACAACAACAAUAA